AUGGAAGCAUUAAGGCUAUCGGAAACAGAGGUUCAUUUUUACUUUAGCACUUUUGACAGUUGUGAUGUUGAAAAAAGUGGGAAGCUCUCAACUGAAUGUGUGAAGACAUUUCUGUCUCGUUCUGGACUUUCUCAUACUUUGAUAGAUGAUAUUGUGGAAUUAUCAGAUCCUUCUGCAUGCGGAUUUUGGGGAAGAGUCAGUUUCUUUACAGCCCUCAAACUCGUCUCGCUUGCUCAAUGUGGAUUUCCUGUUUCAAAAAUUGAGUUAAUACGAAACAUAGAGAACCUUCCUUUACCUGUGUUUUCUGAUAGCUGUAACAAUUUGCCAGAUGGGGGAGAUACUAUUAUUGAGUAUGGUUCCUCUGUUUCUAUAACCGGAGAGAAAUGUCCUGGCCUAAAUAAACAGCAGGAUGAGUAUAUUUGCCAUGACGGCGAGUUUCGUGACACUCAGGAGAGUGAAAACCGGGAUUUUGUGUCAGAAACGUUGAUGGGACCUCGUCCUUUUACCUGGCCCAAAUGUUACGAAGAAGAGCAGGGACUCUUAACUGAAGAGUUUACAAAGCGAGAUGACACUUAUGUUCCUUUUAAAAAUGAGAUAAGAAGUUUACGUAAUCCCAGCUGGCACGCCGUAGAUGACCCAUUUUUUAAGAGACCACAUCGUGGUGCUAGCCACCUUUCAUCGUCUCAGUCCUCCAGCACUAUUACAUCUCAUGAUUCUAACUCAUCUGCUCACCCAACAAAUCUUCAGAAUUAUUCAGCUGAGCGUACUAAGAAAACUACGAAAUUGCACGAUGCAAAUAUUUGGGGUUAUCAAGAUCUACCUGAUUUUCGUCCCUCGGAUACAACCAAGAAAAAUAAACACAGAGUGGAUUCUACUCGUCAUUCUUCACAGAGUAGUGAUUUUCAUCAGUCAGUUCAUGAAGAUGACAAUCAAUUUUCGAGGAAUACUUUACAAAGAAAUGAAAUCAGCAAAUGGAAGUUAUCACACAGUCGCAGCUCUUCGUUCCCACUUUCACAAUAUAACGGUAAUUAUUUUGAUCAUAGUGAAAAACGCAGGCAACGACAACGUAAAUCGUUGAGUUCAUUUGCUUUACAGUCAAAACGAGAAGCUGAAUAUGCAUUACAGUUUGAUGAGUUGUUCAUUUUUAAGGAUACUGUUACUUCUACCACUACCGCUCUUAGUCAUCAUUUAAUGGUAGCGCAUUCGGAAGUAACGCAGUUGUUUACAGCCCAGUAUAAAAUUUCGUCAGCUGACUUUGACCACAUAUGGUUCAUUGCUGAUGUAAAUCGAGAUAAUUAUUUAAACAAGCAGGAGUUCUGCUUAGCCAGUCAUUUAGCAUAUUUAUUUGGUCAUCGAGGUUUAACAUUGGAAGAUGCCAUUAUAGCAUGUAAACCGUAUAUUAAUAAACUCAAGAAAAGAUUGACAAAACCGGAACUGGAAGAAAAGUCAUUUGUAGUUAAUCCAUAUUCAUGGUAUAUUGAUCCAGUUCGAUUGUUAUCCGCAAUUACCGGUCGUCGAAUAUCAUUGUUAUCGGAAUUAUCCAGCAGUCAUAGACGUCGUCUUCUAUCUUCUUUGAUCCGUGAAGCUAAAUCAGUUAAUCAUACAUUACUUCGUUUAAAUAAUGAAAUGCAGUGUGAACUUGCUGAACUGAAUGAUCAGCGAGUUAAUUUAAGUGCACAGCUUCAGCACUUAGGUCUUCAACCUACACUCUGAUGAGAAAAUGUUUUCCAAAAAAAUUGAUUUCAUAGUAACUUUCUCGAAAAUAAUCCCUUAAUCUUUUCAAUUGCUUUUGAAAAAAUCAAACAUUAUCAGCAAAGUGUACAGUCUUAAAUAAAUUUAAACCUUUAUUGAGUUGAAAUGCAAAAAAAGGUUACAGCGAAGAUAAUUAUCUCUUCGACGACUCACUUUCACAGUUGUGCAUACAUAUACAAGUAAAAUGAUGGAAUGUUCCAGACAAGUUUCCGGUCAAGGGCGUAUGUGGGAGAUGAAAUGAUAUUACGUAACACAAGAUAUGAUAUCUGGUAAGAAUAAAUAAAUAUGUAAUAAAAUGUAAAUAAACUAAUAAAAUACGAAGCAAAAUGUAAACAGAGGUUCAGAGUAUCUGCACAGUUUAAUACACAAUUGAAGCUGUGACUUACCAAAGCUUCCGCUGCACAUAAUUGUCUAGUCCUCAUCCCUUUUGAACAGUUUAGUCAAACACUAUUGACAACUUUGAAACGAGGUUUCCAGAGGAGCCAGAUGUCCAGAGUCUACGAGAUGUUCAACGGUAUAGCUGAAGAUGGGUUUGUGCUCACUUUUCAGUAACCAGGCUGGAUGAUGUUCACGAGUUCGUUUUUUAAGCGUGCGCAUAGUGUGGCCAGCUUACUCAGUUCCAUAGGAGCACGUGAACUUCCAAAUAUACAUUGACGAGGUAUGUCACCGCAGACAUCCUUCGUUAACGUUUGUCCCUGAAUAGAACAUUCUACGCCACAAACCUCCGCAUUAUUUUCUCAUGUCAACACCUAGUUUGUCAGUGCGCGAAAGACAAAUUAGCACAUUGGGCCUUAUCAGGUGUAUUUAACAAGUUCAAAGUUCUCAACAAUGUUUGACUAAACUGUUCAAAAGGGGUGAGGACUAGACAAUUAUGUGCAGCGGAAGCUUUGGUAAGUCACAGCUUCAAUUGUGUAUUAAACUGUGCAGAUACUCUGAACCUCUGUUUACAUUUUGCUUCGUAUUUUAUUAGUUUAUUUACAUUUUAUUACAUAUUAUUUAUUCUUACCAGAUAUCAUAUCUUGUGUUACGUAAUAUCGUUUCAUCUCCCACAUACGCCUUUGACCGGAAACUUGUCUGGAAACAUUCCAUCAUUUUACUUGUAUAUUUACGAAUAUACAGCUGUGAAAGUAAGCAAUUUUCUUUCUGAAUGAUCAAAUGAGGAUUUUCCGUUGCUUUAUUAAAGUUAUUUUUGAAGUUUUCAAAAUUUUAUUAACUUAAAUUUUGAAAUGUAGUUAGUGCUAUCCUUAGAUUAUUCUUUCUGUGGGUUAUCUUGAGGUCAAGUCUGAUCAUUUUGUUGCAGGUGUAUGUUUUCCAUAAAUUUACACUGAUAAUUAAGUUUUGUGUUGUAAGAUUUUAUUUCAACACUUUUAUGUGACAUUACUUUCCCAUCGAUAAAACAGCUUCGAAUUCAGCAUACGUCUCAUGUUUGGUUUACUUGCGUGUGGAUCAACGUAUUUGUUGUAUUUUUCCACGUUUUUGUUGCUAUAAAAUGUGAAGUAGAUUGUGGUUGAAUCGCAACAAUUUUUUAAUACCAGUUUUAUGCAUGCUAUUUCUUGUACAUAUCAAUAAUCCUAAUAUUUUACUUUUCUGUGACAUACGGUUUAGGUUAUUCUCUUAAUUACUGAUUGAGAUUCAUUGUUUGUAAUAUUUAAGUUCCAUUCGUUUUAUGAUUGUAUACACAUUUUGGUGUUUUGAGUCUAAUUGAUUUCUUCAAGUUAUCCUCAAAUUGUUUAUCUUCUAUAAAUAAACUUUUAAUUUUCUGAA